CCGCCUCCAUCCCCGAGAUCGCCGCCGCCGCCGCCGCCGCCGGAGGAGGAGGAGGAGGAGGAGGGAGAGCAGGCAGCACCGGCAGCAGCAGUCCGGGCGGCGAGCUGAAUGGCAUUAAAAUGGUGGAUGAACCUAUGGAGGAAGGAGAACUGUAUUCCUGUAAUGAUGAAGGGAGUGUCAAAGAGAUUCCUAUUACCCACCAUGUGAAAGAAGGUUGUGAAAAAGCAGAUCCAGCACAAUUUGAAUUGCUUAAAGUCCUUGGUCAAGGAUCGUUUGGAAAGGUUUUCCUUGUGAGAAAAAUAAUCGGUCCUGAUGCUGGCCAUCUAUAUGCCAUGAAAGUCCUAAAGAAGGCUUCGUUGAAAGUUCGAGACAGAGUCCGCACAAAGAUGGAAAGAGAUAUAUUAGUAGAAGUAAAUCAUCCCUUUAUUGUCAAACUGCACUAUGCCUUCCAGACUGAAGGAAAGUUAUAUUUAAUAUUGGAUUUUCUCAGGGGAGGAGACGUGUUCACAAGAUUAUCCAAAGAGGUUAUGUUUACAGAGGAAGAUGUGAAAUUCUACCUCGCAGAACUGGCUCUAGCUUUGGAUCACCUGCACAGCUUGGGAAUUGUAUACAGGGACUUGAAGCCAGAAAACAUUUUGCUUGAUGAAGCAGGACAUAUCAAGUUAACAGACUUCGGCUUAAGCAAAGAAUCGGUUGAUCAAGAGAAGAAAGCCUAUUCUUUCUGCGGUACUGUAGAAUACAUGGCCCCUGAAGUUGUGAACAGGCGGGGCCACAACCAAAGUGCUGAUUGGUGGUCAUUUGGUGUUCUCAUGUUCGAAAUGCUCACUGGUACUUUACCUUUCCAAGGUAAAGACCGAAAUGAAACUAUGAACAUGAUACUCAAAGCGAAACUUGGAAUGCCACAAUUCCUGAGCCCUGAAGCUCAGAGUCUUCUAAGGAUGUUGUUUAAAAGGAAUCCUUCAAACAGGCUAGGGGCUGGUCCUGAUGGUGUUGAAGAAAUAAAGAGGCAUCCCUUCUUUUCAACCAUUGACUGGAAUAAACUUUACAGGACAGAGAUUCAGCCUCCAUUUAAACCUGCUUCUGGAAGACCAGAAGACACAUUUUGCUUUGACCCAGAAUUCACAGCAAAAACUCCCAAAGAUUCCCCUGGAGUCCCGCCAAGCGCCAAUGCUCAUCAGCUCUUCAAAGGGUUCAGCUUUGUGGCAACGAACACCAUAGAAGACCACAAAAUCACCCCUCUCAACAACAUUUUGCCAAUAGUACAGCAACUUCAUGGGAGCAGUGCACUCUUCACAGAUGCCUAUGAACUUAAAGAAGACAUUGGUGUGGGCUCUUACUCGGUGUGUAAGCGCUGCAUCCAUACAAUUUCCAAUAUGGAAUUUGCUGUGAAGAUAAUUGACAAAAGUAAGAGAGACCCUUCCGAAGAAAUAGAAAUCUUGAUGCGGUACGGACAGCAUCCUAACAUUAUUACUUUAAAAGAUGUGUACGAUGAUGGUAAAUAUAUCUACCUUGUCACAGAAUUGAUGAAGGGAGGAGAGCUUCUGGAUCGUAUUCUCAGACAGAAGUAUUUUUCAGAACGCGAAGCAAGUGCCGUCUUGUAUACAAUCGCUAAAACUGUGGACUACCUGCACUGUCAAGGAGUUGUGCAUCGGGAUCUUAAACCAAGUAAUAUUUUAUAUAUGGAUGAUUCCAAUAAUGCUGAUUCCAUCAGGAUUUGUGAUUUCGGCUUUGCAAAGCAACUCCGGGGAGAGAAUGGGCUUCUCUUAACGCCAUGCUAUACUGCUAAUUUUGUGGCACCAGAGGUCCUCAUGAGGCAAGGCUAUGAUGCUGCUUGUGAUAUUUGGAGCUUGGGAGUUCUUCUUUAUACAAUGCUGGCAGGGUACACACCUUUUGCAAACGGGCCCAAUGAUACCCCUGAAGAAAUUUUGUUACGGAUAGGUAGUGGAAAAUUUUCUUUAAAUGGAGGCAAUUGGGACACUGUGUCAGAUGCUGCAAAGGAUUUGCUAUCUCAUAUGCUACAUGUCGAUCCACAUCAAAGAUAUACCGCCGAGCAAGUUCUUAAGCAUUCAUGGAUAGCCUGUAGAGAUCAGCUGCCACAUUAUCAGUUAAAUAGGCAAGACGCACCACAUCUGGUGAAGGGGGCCAUGGCUGCUACAUACUCUGCACUGAACAACAAGACAUUUCAGCCUAUUUUGGAACCAGUUGCAGCUUCAAGCUUGGCUCAGCGGAGAAGCAUGAAAAAACUCACAUCCACAGACUUAUAGGUCAGCUGGAACAGAGAAAAACAAAAACAAACCCCAAGAAACAGCUCUGUAUUUGCCUGCCCUGUGAAUUUAAAGGCAUCUACCAGUUCCUCCUACACUACUUGAAUUCAGUUGAAGAAAGGAAGAAAAAACAAAACAAAAAACUUCGAACAGUUUAGAGGAUUUGUUGCUGUUCGUAGGUUGGUUUCAGUAGCAUCAGGGUAUUUUGCAACUGUGGUGAGGAAUUUUUGGUACACAUUUCAUUUCAGAGAUCAAUCGCAUUAUGUUAAUACUUUUAAAUACUGUAUAGUUUUCAUCCGGUUUAUAAAGAUAUAUAUUAGUUGACCAGAGACGUUGCUCAAGUUGUAAAUUUCAUUUCAGAAGAAAAGGUCAGUGUUUUAAUAUUUUUGCUAUCUUGGCCCUAUUGUAAAGACAAAGAAAAGAAAUCAUUAAACAUGAUGUGCUCU